AUGGUGGACGUCACGACACCGGUGCUUGUUUCACAAACAGAAGUAGGCCUUCCUGGUCGUUACGAGUCAUUCUGGAAAGAGCUUGAUGGUGUGAAGCUCCUGUGGAAGAACAGAAGCAAUCUGAAGGUUGAGGAUGCUGGUGUUGCAGCGAUGUUUGGCAUCGAGUUGUAUGCAUGGUUCUGCCUUGGUGAGAUCGUCGGUAGAGGAUUUACUGUCACGGGCUACCAUGUCUGA